GAUAAUGUACUGUUGCUUUAACCACACGGAGAGGCUUCCGUUUUGAAACGUUGUUGCUAACGCAUACGUCAACUACGUCACGCAUGGUAACCCAAGUGUGUCUAAAUUUUCUGUGAACCGCGCGGACCAUCGAUCAAUCGGUUCUGUGCAUCCGUCCCUGUAAGAACGAUGUUUAGUUCAGAACGAUUUUAGUUAUAGUUAUCAAUACAUUUGUAGGCCAAGCAAUAUGAAAUCGGUUUUGUUGCAAACAGCUGUUUUAUUGGUUGGUUGUAUUUUAGACAAAUGCGAGAGCUACGACCCAUGUUGUGCAUUCCCUUGCAAGCAUAGCGCAAUAUGCACAACAUUAAAGGAUGAUUACGAGUGUGAUUGUACUGGUACCGGGUUUUAUGGAAGAAACUGUGAAUAUGGUUACUUUUCUACCUACGUAACUGAUCUCUUUCGCCCAUCGCGGAGUACGUUGCAUCAUUACAUGACGAAUUAUUCGCUACUAUGGAAACUUGUCAACAAUAUUUCAUGGUUGCAAAAGAAACUCAUGGCAGUGGUUUUAAAAAUCAGAACGAACUAUGUCUAUGAACCGUCACCUUAUGUAGGAAUGGAUUCUUACCCUACCUGGGAUUCCUAUAUAAAUAAAACCGUUUAUGCCCGGACCUUACCACCGAUACCACAAGACUGUCCAACACCAAUGGGCACAAAAGGUCCCAAAACUCUGCCGGACAUUAAAGUUCUUCGAUCACUGUUGUUUCAAAGAAAUAAGUUUGAACCUUGUCCGAUGCGGACAAACGUAUUUUUCGCCUUUUUUGCACAACAUUUCACCCACCAGUUCUUCAAAACCAACACGAUAAAGGGAAUGCCGUUUCAAUGGGGCGAGCAUUCGGUGGAUCUGUCUCACGUUUAUGGUCACACCAUACAAAGACAGCAUGAGCUUCGAUCGCAUAUAGAUGGAAAACUGAAAGUAUUUGAAACAAACGGUGAAGUUUUUCCUCCUUUAACUGAAUCCGCCAACGUAACUAUGAGUGGGGAGAAACUUAUGCGAGGAAGAAAGUUUGCGAUAGGCCAUCCCGGUUUCGGUGCUUUCCCGUCGUUCUUCGUAAUAGCAACUCUCUGGUUGAGAGAGCAUAACAGAGUGUGCGACAUAUUAAAGGACUUGCACCCAGACUGGGAUGACGAAAGACUUUUCCAAACUGCAAGGCUCAUAUUAACAGGGGAAACAUUAAAAAUAAUUGUGGAAGAUUAUGUUCAGCACGUCAGCGGAUUUCACUUCCAACUGAGUUACGAUCCGGAAAUUCUACACAAGUCAACAUUCUCAUACAAUAAUCAAAUACAUGCUGAAUUCCACAUACUUUACCACUGGCAUAUGCUUAUGCCGGAUUUUAUAGAAUUGGGCGAACAUGUUUACCCGCUUAAAGAGUUGCUGUUUAACGUUGAUCCAGUUGUGGAAAUUGGGAUGGAAACUGUGUUGAAACAGCUCAGCAAUCAAUUCGCUGGGAAAGUUGUUGGUGGAAGAAAUCAGGGACCUGAAUUGGUGGCUGUCGUCGAACUGGCUUUAAAACAAACAAGGCAGAUGCGAAUGUGUUCCUUCAAUAAAUACAGGGAAAGGUUUGGAAUGAAACCAUAUACGUCAUUUGAAGAACUCACAGGUGAAACAGAGGUUGCAGCUUUGUUACGGAAUUUGUAUUACGAUAUCGACGCGUUGGAACUUUUUGUCGGUUAUUUUGUUGAGCACAGACGAAACAGACAAGUGCUCGGUGCAACUAUGUUGGAGAUGGGAGCUCCGUAUUCCCUUAAAGGGGUGUUUGGAAAUCCAAUCGGAUCGCCAGCUUGGUGGAAACCAAGUACAUUUGGUGGAGAAGUUGGAUUCAACAUCAUAAAAACUACUAACUUAAAGAACUUUAUAUGCCGGAACGUAAAAGGAUGUCCCGAUAUUUCAUUUAAAGUCCCGCAAGAUGUUCCUUAUAACAGUGUGGAGGGUAAAAGCUCUUCUCCCAACACUGGGAUUGCUGAUGUGCUGAUAUCACUGACCCGCCCGCAGGUGGCGCAAAAGAGCCAAGUAAAAGAGUUAAAGAGAGAAGAAAAGACAAACGAGAAAUCAGAGCUGUGAUGUCACGGAAUAGUUUCAUACGAUGAUUUUGUAUUAGGUAGUUGUAGUUUUAACAUUGCUUAUAGUGUUCGUGAAACUGUCCGCCGAAAAAAGUUUUUGUGGCCGCCCAAUAUGGUUGCGCAAGGCUAUCACGAAAGAAACUCAAAUUAUCCUGUUUAUUAAAGAAUAAUUUAUUUGUUUAUACCCAUCUAAUCAGUGAUUCGUUCAGUCUAGAUUACUUUGACACAUUAUACAACCCUUGUUACAAAUUUUUAGUUGUCCCUUUAACUUUAUUGUUUCUACCCAACUUUCUAUUUGAACAGUUAUAGAAGGAUGGUGGAAGAUGGGACAUCUCUUUAUUCUAUUUUCUCGUUCCAGUUGGUAGUAAACAAACAAACAGUCAGAGAAUUACAAAACUGCAUGUUCACGACUUUCAUAGACUGUUGUUAAAUGUCUAAAACACGAUCAGGUUAUUUGAAUAUUAUGUGCUAAAGGUGUCCCGUCUUUCCCCACCCUACUAUAUAGUAUGAAUAAUAACUGUAAAAUGAGAAACAUAUAGUCUACUCUCAACAUUGUGUGUAUUGCCCGUUCUUUCUUUUAAUAACGGUUUUAAAGUUCUCGCCUCAUGCUUUCGUCACAAUCCACACUUUAUCGACUGGAAAACAUUUUGUAACUCAAACUCCUGAGACAAUCUUGUUACAGCCGUUAUUUAAGUUUGUGCAUUUAAUAAAUCUAUCAAAGC